AUGUUCGGGGACGAUUGGCGAACGAGUGGUGGCUCCGGAAGCGGACGACCCUCGUUCCUUCAUCAUAGCUCCUCACAAUCCUCAUCCUCAUCAUCCUUUCAUGUCCAGAAUGUACGCGUUGAAAACGUGGUUCGCAUGGCAAACAAGCCGCGACUUUCGAUUGACACGAACGCCGCUCGGUCUCACUCCUCAUCCUCCAGUACACUCGAUCGGCCAGUUGCUUCAACAAGUGUCCCAAACACGGAGGACGACAUUUCAAGGAGAAUUCUAGAAGUCACGAGUCGCUUUAAUUAUAGCCAUGGACCAGAUUCGACACAAAGCAUUCGGGAACGUAUGAGAGAGCUUCACGCGAGUCGGGCAUCAUUGUUUGAAAGCGAUUUGCUACGGCCGUCUACUUCCCAAUCUCAAGACACCAAAUCUUUAUUCGACUUUAGCCCUAUCGACAAGCAAAGUAAUGAUUCCUUUUUCUCAGUCGGCAAAUCAGCAUUUUCGCCCUACAAAGCGAGAGCCCGUUCACCAUCCGGCUUUUCACUACGCGACUUUUCCAGCGACUACAGUAACCUUGCGGCUCGAAUGGAACAGUUGCAGCGAGAUUUUGAGAGUCGAACUACAAUAAACCAACACACACCUACGACCGCAUUGGGCGCCGCUUUCCAAGGAAUGCGCAUGAGAUCCCCUGUUUCUCCCCAAGUGACCAACAGUUUAUCGAGAAGUACGCCGAGAUCCGGAUUCCGGAUAGCCGAGCUGCUUUCAGAAGAUUUCCUCUCUCAAAAACGGAAACACAGCGAGGAAUCCCCGUCAAAUGUGCCACAUAAGGUUACAAUACCAUCAACCAUCCCAUCCAGCUAUCAAACCAAUUCUUCAUACCAUGAAGUACCAAUUCGAGUCUACCGUUCAACAUCCAAAGAAAGUGAACCAACCUAUGAGCCGAUUAUUGACCGCCAAAGAGCCCCGCUUUCGGUUAAUGUUGAUGGUACAACUUCUGCCCCAACGCUUUCGCCUGUCUCAACAACAUCUGAUCUUCCAUCAUCAAUCAGCUCAGCAGCUGGUUCAUUCGUCUACCGCUCCGCACUCGACCCCAGAGAGCUGGAACAAAAAAUUGAGCAAUUAACGCAAGCCGCCUGCCUCGCUGCCAUGCCGACAAGCAACGGAAAUCUUGACGUCGGCAAAAUCCAUGAGCAGCUACAGGCGCUUCAAAAGUUCCGCGAAGACCUUGGCUGUUUGAUUAGGGAAACUGAAGCUGCAAAUGCUGAACGACCUGACUCAGGAAUUACGGAAGGGUUAGCUGGUGAAGGGGCCGCGGCUUCCCCCUCAUCCGUCGAUUCUGAUGGACGUCGUCACAUCUGUUCGUAUCCACAGUGCGGAAAGGUUUACACGAAAAGCUCGCAUCUCAAGGCUCACUAUCGUACUCACACCGGCGAAAAACCGUACGAGUGUACAUGGCCCGGAUGCGAAUGGAGAUUUGCUAGAAGUGACGAAUUGACUAGGCAUUAUCGUAAACACACCGGGGACAAGCCGUUCAAAUGCCCGCACUGUGCCAGAAGUUUUGCUAGAAGUGACCAUUUGUCUUUGCAUCUGAAGCGCCAUCAA